AAGCACAAUCGACAAGAAACUCAUCUUUUCCCACCGUCUCCUCCCACUACCAUUCCGCCAUAUGCUCCUCCUGAGGAGCUUCCUUUGGUUGCAAUCAAGUCCUGCAGUGCUCUCGCAGCUUUCCCGCAACCUGAGCUUCUCCUUACCCUCCCAUCUCGCCCGUCGCAAUCCCCAAGUCUCGUGCCCCUGCCUGAGACCCUCGAUAGAUUGAUUCCCCCCCAAUCGCCUCCUCGAGAGCCCUUCCCGCCAUGGCGUCGACGCCGAUGGACCUCGACCUUCCCGAUGCCUCAUCCCCCGCCAAUGGCACUCCCUCUACCUCGCUGAACAUCACCCGCACCCUAGGCAGCAGCAGCCUGCCCAGCACCACCGCCGUCACCGAUGUCAUUGCCAACUACAGACCUACAAAGCUAUUUAGGCGCGACGAGAUGAAGGACGGACGGCCGCAGCCCUACAUCCUCAGCCUCGACUACGACGACCCCGGCGAGCUCAUGAUGACUUCCGAGAGCGACGAGACCAUUCAGAUCUACAGAGUUCGCGACGGCAAGCACGACAAGCAGCUCCUCAGCAAGAAAUACGGCGUCAAGCUCGCCAAGUUCACUCACCAUAGCUCUUCGAUCAUCUAUGCGAGCACCAAGCAGAAUGAUGCGAUCAGGUAUCUAACCACCCACGACAACGCCUUCAUACGGUACUUUGAGGGCCACGAGGCGCCGGUGACCUGUCUCGAGAUGCACCCCGGCAAUGACGACUUCAUCUCUUGCAGCAAGGACAAUACGGUCAGACUAUGGAAUGCCGGAACUAGGAACCACACCGGACUCCUGUACCUCGGCAUGCCGUAUCUCGCGGCUUACGAUCCGAGCGGACAAAUUUUCGCCAUAGCCUCGCCUCCCGGCGGCACCGUCCUGCUCUACGACCACCGCAAUUUCGACAGGGGCCCAUUCUCGGAAUUCGACAUCGUUGAAGCGUGUGGCGGGAUAGACCCUGGCUAUGCGCUACAGGGCUGGACCAAGCUCGAGUUCGCCAACGACGGACGCUCGAUACUGCUGGGCACCAAAGGAGGCGGUCAUUUCCUGCUAGACUCGUUCAACGGUAGUCUCAAGGCGUACCUGCGGAAGCCCGACGGCAGGAGCAGCAGGCUGGCGCCCGGAGAGGAAUACGUAGUCAAUGGCGGGUCGAACGGCGUCAACGUCGAGGGGAGCGGCGACUGCUGCUUGUCGCAGGACGGGAGGUUCGUGUUUGGCGGUACGAAGAAGGGCGUCGUCGUUUGGGACACGUUAGGGCAGCCGGGAGAGGAUAAGAUCCUGGAGCCGGUCCACACGCUGGAAGACACGAGAGAGGCCGCUGUGGUUGCCGCCAACCCUCGAUUUAACUUCUUGGCAACUGCCGACAAGGAGCUAGUAUUCUGGUUGCCGGACCCUCAUGCUUAGGACGCACUGGACUGGGCCGGUAUUGAUUUGGAUGCUCUGAUCUUUGGUUGAUUUCCAGCAUUGACGGGUUGGCGGUGGGGACUGCCCAGGACGACGGAUUGACGAAUGCACUGAGAAACUGAAAAUAGAGCUGCGGCUGGUAGAGAUGGAGGAGGAGAAGGAAGAGAAUGGAAGGGGACUGCGGUUAGCUAUGGAAGAUACCCUAUUUGCAUUUUAUGGCGUCUAAAGAGGUCUGGGCAACUUGGUGCAAGCAACAUCGCCGGUCUUUGAAGUUACCACUGCGGUUAUAUUUGAACUAGAGACAAGAAGACUAUUGUUAUAUGGCGACGACAAGUUCGUUGUGACGCCUCUGAUGGCCGUCUGUCUUAUGAUGGGAGGCAAUAGACGAAUGGGAUAGUUACAAAUGAAGAUGUGCA